CUCGUCCUUUUAUGACGUCAUCAGGAAGACCGCAGAUGGAAAGAUGGCUGCGUUUCGCUGUCGGCGAGACCCGUGCGGCUUCAUUUGUCUCAUUUUAACUUAUUUCAGCGUGUUCUACGCCGACUACGUUGUGAUUCAGUAUGUCCUGAUCCCCGCGUAUUCCGGAAGUGUAUGGUGCACUCUCCACGGAUCUGUGUUUAAUAUUAUUUUAUUACUGUUGCUGGCAUGCCAUUCAAAAGCAGUGUUCUCUGAUCCUGGUAUGGUUCCUCUACCUGAGACAGCCAUUGACUUCUCAGACUUGAGGUCCCAGUCCAACCGUCUGAAUGACAGAGGCUGUGAGGGCUGGACAGUGUGCAGUCGCUGUGAGACGUAUCGGCCUCCUCGAGCCCAUCACUGCAGAGUUUGUCAGCGCUGCAUUAGGAGAAUGGACCAUCACUGCCCAUGGAUCAAUAACUGUGUUGGAGAACUCAAUCAGAAAUAUUUCAUUCAGUUCCUGUUUUACACAGGCAUGGCCAGCUUGUAUUCCAUGGCACUGGUAGUUUCAGCAUGGGUUUGGAGAAUAAGAAGUGAAAGAGAGGGUGAUGGAGAUAAAGAAGGAGAAGAAUCUCCUAGCAAACAUCUCAUUGUGGCACAUUAUAUCAUUUUGUUAGUGGAGUCGAUACUGUUUGGAGUUUUUGUCUUGGUGAUAUUUUAUGACCAGCUGGUGUCCAUUAUAACAGAUGAGACGCCCAUUGAACAGAUGAGAAACAGACUGAUGAAAGAUAAACCCAACAACACCCACCCAUCACACAUAACACACACGAGAAAGCCCAAAAUUGCAUUGCUGAGGGAGGUUUUCGGACGUGGUUCAAUAAUAUGUUGGCUGUUCCCGCUCCAUUCCUCGCCUCCUACCGUUGGCGGCAUCAGUUAUUCAGCACUUCCUGAUUACGAUGUGUAACACCAACCAGUUUUCCAUCGGUUCCUUUGAACGUUUUAUCAGUAUCGCAUCAUGUGUAGGACACUGUGAAUAUUAUGUUACUGAGGUGCAAAUUUCUGCUAAGAUGAAGAAAGAGUAGUGCUGUGUGAGUGUGACUUCUGCUUGCUGCUUCUCACACACAAAUACUAGGUACUUCUUCGACAAACCUGGAUCUUUUUUCUUUUCUCUGUUCAUCUAAACGAUUUCUCUUCAUAUAACCCAGAACUUUUUUUUUUUUUUUUUUUAUGUAACGUUAAUUAUGAGGAUUAAUCAGUUUUCUCUCAUUAGUAUUUUGUUAAUAAAGCAGUAUGUUAACCCGCGAACAGUAUAUAUUUUGUCACAUUACCAUUGAUUGGCUUUAAGGGACUUGAAGACACACUCGCAAGGUCAGCUGUGUUGACUUUAUUUCAGGUAAAUGCAAUAGGAUGCACCAUCGUUCAUUUUGUUAUUAUUGUGUGUGUUCGGGUACAUGGAUUGUACUCCAUUUUACAUGAGGAUUGUAAAUAAAGAUGUAUUUUAUAACUUUAAUUUCUGACAAAAGUGUUGCUGCAUUUUCAGGGUACUGGACUAUUUGUGUUGAAGUGCUUGAUUUUGUUUUUGUUUGAAACGUUAAUGUUUUGCUGUUUUAUGGACAGCUUGAGGGAUGUGUGUACAUAACAACAGAUGAACAUGUAUAUUGAUAAUGUUUACAUUGAUAUUUAUUGUAAUUUAUCUGUGGAUUUUUGUGUCUAAAUGCUGCUCUGACUUACGUGAAGUAAAACACAUCUUUUCAUAUUCUGGCUUUUUCGCUUGAAAAUUAAAGUUUGAGUGGAAAUAAACCAGCAGUGGUAAAUAUA